GGCAGCUCUCAGUUAUUCCAAAGGCAGACUGAUGAUCCAGCUGCUGAGUGUGUUCGCUGACAUGGAUACAACUGGCGUUUCCCUCUGAAACUGGACUCAUUACCGGCUCACGGAGACACCGGGAGGCUUCAAACCAGCGACUAAACUUCUUCCACGGCCGCACUCAUGUGAUUUCACUCCCCCCCCCACCACCACCACCCGCCUCACUUUGUUUUGGAGCCAUGUCCAAGAGCCUGAAGAAGAGGAAGAACCACUGGACCAACAAAGUCCACGAGAGUGUCCUUUGCAGGGAUGAGCAGGGGGAGCUGGGGCUGGAGCUGAAGGGCGGCGCGGAGAAUGGACACUUCCCGGUCAUCGGCGAGCUUCUCCCGGGCAGAGCGGCGUGCCACAGCGGCAAACUCUUCCCGGAGGAACUCCUGCUGGAAGUCAACGAUACUCCCGUGGCCGGACUCACCACCAGGGACGUCCACGCUGUGGUGAAACACAGCAAAGACCCCGUCCGACUCAAGUGUGUCAAACAAGGGGGCGUGAUAGACAAGGACCUGCGCCACUACCUCAACCUGCGCUUCCAGAAAGGCUCGGUGGACCACGAGCUGCAGCAGAUCAUCCGGGACAACCUCUACCUCCGCACCGUCCCCUGCACAACCAGGCAGCCCAAGGAAGGAGAGGUCCCAGGGGUGGAUUAUAAUUUCGUGACCGUUGACCGGUUUAUGGAAUUGGAGAAAAGUGGAGCCCUGCUAGAGAGCGGAACAUAUGAAGAUAAUUUUUACGGCACCCCGAAGCCUCCGGCCGAGCCCAGCGCUCUGCUGCUAAAUGUAACGGACCAGCUGCUGCCGGGCGCCAGACCCAGCUCCGAGGGCAAGAGGAAACGCAACAAGUCAGUCAGCAACAUGGAAAAAGCCAGCAUCGAGCCCCCCGAGGAGGAGGAGGAGGAGAGACCCAUCGUCAAUGGCAACGGUGUCGCUGUCACCCCAGAGUCGAGCGAACAUGAGGAUAAGAGCACAGACGCUUCGGGGGACAUGGCCCCACAAAUCAACCCAGUGGAGCCCCCAGCUGAGGGACCCACAGACGAAGGACAGUCCCCGAAGAUGGCGGUGCCCAAACCAGAGGAGAAUGAUGAGCUAGGACCCCUGCCAGACAACUGGGAGAUGGCAUACACUGAGAAAGGAGAAGUCUACUUCAUUGACCACAACACUAAGACAACAUCGUGGCUGGACCCGAGGCUAGCCAAGAAGGCGAAGCCGCCCGAGGAAUGCAAAGAGGAUGAGCUUCCGUACGGCUGGGAGAAAAUCGAUGACCCCAUUUACGGCAGCUACUAUGUCGAUCAUAUAAAUAGAAGGACCCAGUUUGAGAAUCCAGUCCUGGAGGCUAAGAGGAGACUCCAGCAGCAGCAGCAGAUGCAAAGCCAGGGUCUGUCCUCACUGCCCCUCCCCACCAUCUACAGAGAAAAGCCGCUGUUCACGCGGGACCCCACUCAGCUGAAAGGCAGUUUCUUGUCCACGUCGCUCCAAAAGAGCAGCAUGGGCUUUGGCUUCACUAUUAUCGGAGGCGACGAGCCCGAUGAAUUCCUCCAGGUCAAGAGCGUUAUCCCCGACGGGCCCGCUGCAGCUGACGGAAAAAUGGCCACAGGCGAUGUCAUUGUCUACAUCAACGAUGUGUGCGUCCUGGGCACCACCCACGCCGAUGUGGUCAAACUCUUCCAGUCGGUACCGAUCGGCCAGAGUGUGACCCUGGUGUUGUGUCGUGGCUACCCUUUGCCCUACGACCCGGAGGAAGCUGCCAACACUAACAACAACACCACCACCACCAUCAUCUCCCCGCUGGGCAUCAUGGAGCAGCGGCCCAUCAUGGUGAACGGCAGGACGGGCUACGACAACUACCUGGACUAUCUGACCCGCACGGCGCGCUUCGUCACGGACCCCAGCCAGGACCAGGUCAACGCCCAGCAGCAGCUGCUCACCGCCCACCCAGGCGACACCCACUUAGACGGCUCGCUUCCGCCCACCACUGGGACCACGCCUCCCGACAGCGUCUCUAUGGCGUCGUCGGGGGCGACCCAAGGGGAGCUGCUGACCCUGACCAUGGUGAAGGGCGUGGAUGGUUUUGGCUUCACGAUUGCGGACAGCGCGACGGGCCAGCGAGUUAAACAAGUCCUGGAACCUCAGGGCUGCCCGGGUCUGUGCGAGGGCGACUUGAUCGUGGAGAUUAACAAGCAGCCUGUGCAGGGAUUCCCACACACACAGGUGGUGGAGCUGCUGAAGGAGUGUGCGGUGGGAGCUGAGACCAGCCUGGUGGUUCAGAGGGGUGGAACAGGUCACUAUUCACCCUGGAAGACCCCUAAGCAGGUUCUGGAGCAGUGGGAGUCCCAGCAGGGCCAGAGCAGCCCCGCUCAGACCAGCCUGUCGGCUCCCGUUAUAACCCACAGCGCCCCCUUCCCAACACACCAUCUUCACAGGGCCUCGGUCCCAGACUCAGCCUCCGAGGCCUUGGCCCUGGCUAAACCUGACCCUUAUGACCUUUAUGAGAAGUCCAGGGCUAUCUAUGAGAGUAGGCAACCUGGCCAGCCAAGGACUGUUUUUUCUGUGGACUCUUCAGGAACAGAGUACCAGGACAUCGAGGUCCAUCUGCGCAGACAGAAGUCUGGGUUUGGUUUCCGGGUGCUGGGCGGUGAUGAGGCCGGGCAGCCUGUGAGUCCGGAGACGCGUGAGAAGAUCCUAAUCGGGGCGAUCAUCGAGAAGAGUCCAGCAGAUGUAGACGGGAGGUUGCGGCCCGGUGACGAGCUGCUGUUUGUGGACGGGAUCCCGGUGGUGGGGAAGCCACACAGAUACGUCAUUGACCUGAUGCACGGAGCGGCACGCAACGGCCAAGUGAACCUGGUGAUCAGGAGGAGGGUUCAGGCAGCAGGUGAGUCUUGUCCAGAGAACGGCCGCAGCCCGGGAUCUGUCUCCACGCAGCACAGCUCCCCACGCAGCGACUUCACUUAUGGCAACAGCACCGGCACAACCCAGCCUCCCGGCACCGGCGUGGGCAACGCCACCGCCGCCACAGACGGGACGCUGACCCCCAACACACAACCCAGCGACGUCAUCAUCAGCCGGAAGGAGAGCGAAGGCUUCGGCUUCGUCAUCAUCAGCUCGCUCAACCGGCCCGAGGCGGCCGCAACCAACACUGUGCCCCAUAAGAUCGGCCGCAUCAUCGAGGGCAGCCCGGCCGACCGCUGCGGGAAGCUGAAGGUGGGAGACCGGAUCCUGGCCGUGAACAGUCAGUCCAUCGUCAACAUGCCACACGCCGACAUCGUCAAACUGAUCAAAGAUGCAGGCCUUAGUGUCACCCUGAGGAUCAUUCCGCAGGAAGAGAUCAGCAAUCCUCCGUCAGCCCCCAGCUCAGAGAAGCAGAGCCCCAUGGCCCAGCAGAACAGCCCCAAGACCCAACCCAACGCUGCAGCCUCCCAGUCCAACCAGGCAGUGACAGAAGCAAACCCGUCUGUGGUCCAGCCCAACCCGAUGCCCCACCAGAGCCCCGUGACCCAGCUCCCCGCCCCUCCUCCUCAGACCUACACCCACGAGGGCAGUUACAGGUCUGAAGUGAAGGCGAGGCAAGAUGUGAAACCAGACAUCCGACAGCCGCCGUUCACAGACUACCGGCAGCCACCGGUGGAUUACCGGCACCCUCCUGUGGCAGACUACCGGCAGCCGCCCACGUUGGACUACAGACACCCACCACUGCUCGACUACAGACAGUUGGCUACUGAUGCCAGACAGUUUGCCAUCCCAGACUACCGAAUGCCACCAGUUCAACUUUCACAGGACUUCGACUUCUUCACAGUGGAGCUGGAGAAAAGCGUGAAAGGCUUCGGUUUUAGCAUCCGCGGAGGGCGGGAGUACAAAAUGGACCUGUUUGUCCUGCGACUGGCAGAGGACGGACCUGCCAUCCGCAACGGGAGGAUGAGGGUCGGGGACCAAAUCAUUGAGAUCAAUGGAGAGAGCACUCGGGACAUGACACAUGCCAGAGCCAUCGAGUUAAUCAAAUCUGGAGGCCGGCGUGUUCGUCUCCUCCUAAAGAGGGGUACAGGGCAGGUCCCGGAGUACGACAAUCCCGCCCCAUGGGAUGCUCGCCCUUCAGCCUCCCCAAGCCUGUCGGAAGUAGCCCCUCCCAUCGACAGCCUUUCCAUGUCAUCGCCUUCAUCUCAUCUGGCCCCGGCCUCCGACCCUCCUCAUCUGCCACCUCAGGACGUCCCUCGAGACCCGGUGGCACGGGACAGCAGGACGGAGCAUCCCAAGAGCCCCCAGAAAGCCGAGCUGCUGAAUCCAGAUCCCACCGGCCAGGGGAGGAGAGUGGCGACGCCCGGCGGGAGCGGCAGAGCCAAGAAGGAGGGUGGCAGGUCCACCCACAAGGGGCACCGGAUGCAGCCCGCCGCUGAUGGGGAAGGGGGCAAGGAGGGGCAGAGCGGAGAGCCCAAACCUUCCAGGAGCACCAGAGGAAGGUCCAAGGAGAGGAACCCCGGGGACGCUACAGAAUCCACCCACUCUCCCAGCGGCUCCAAGCUCCCACACACCAACGGGAACAGCAGGGAAGACGCAGAGCGCUGGAGCGGCGGGAAGCAGCUGGAGCCGGAGCAGAGCAAACCCAGGCACCGGGAGCCGGACAGGGGCCAGGGAGAGAGCCGGCCCAGCCUGCCCAUCCUGCCCAGCAAGAGCACCAGCAAGAGCACCAGCGGCGGCAUCGCAGCGGGGAGGAAGGUGACGGUCUCCCCUGGGCCUUGGAAGAUCCCUGGAUCGGACAAGCUGCCCAGCACACUGCGCACAGGCACGUCCAGGCUGAGCAGAUAACACGGCAGCUCCAGCAGAACACAGUGGCCACGCUCAUCUGGACUCAAACACACACAUCUGGACGACAUCCUCACGCCUUCCUGUGCUCCGACGACACCCCCACCUCCACCCCAUAAGAUUCAAAACCGAGAGGGGCCAGGGUGAUCUGGACCACGUGUUUUUAAAGUUUUAUUUAUAAUACUGUGUUUUAAAUUAUUUUGAGAAAUAUUUUACACCCACCACCUUAAGAACUGGAAAAAUCAUCCACUUUAAAAUGAAAAAAAAAAAGAAAAAGAAAAUAAAAAGGAAGAGCAAAUCUUUGUGUAGCGCGGCGGGGAAUCAUUUGGGAGGUUUGAAUGAAUUAUAAAGACUAUUUUAAGUUCUCCCUCAAGCACAAUUUGGGGGACAAACAUGCAAAUAUUAACAAUUCGACAGGACGCAGCUGUUGGUUGGAUUUUUUAUAUAUAUAUAUAUAUAUAUAUAUAUAUAUCUACACAGUGGAGUCUAUUUUAUGAAAUGGAAUGUUAAACAGAUGCCUGUUUUUGAUGGGAGUGAAUGGAUGGAAGAGCAACAGCGGAGAUGAAACCUGCUCAUCAACAGAACAUUGCCUUAACAGAGACAGUGUGGGCCUGAAUCUGUCUUGAAUGAUCUAUCAGAUGAUUAUAGACAAAGAUAUAUUAUAAUGAAUAUGAAUAUGUGGGAACAUUUUGUAAAUAAGAUCAUCUUUAAGUGAAUAGAACCUUAUAGUGAAGCCGCUGGAAAUUCUAGUCCGCGAAUAAUGGAGUGAAGCGGCGCGACAUGGACCAGAACUUCCAGCAACUUCUCCUUCCAGUUCAGCCCUGUGAUUGCAGUUUGGGAGGCGGAGUUUCAGCAGCAAUUCCUGCUGCGAUUGACUCUCUGUUUGGAGUUCAGUGAGGUUGUCUCGCCAGUCCUUUUUUUUGUGCUUAACGAACACGGCAAUCUGCGGACGCUGACGGAAGGAGCUCAUAUGAAACCGACCGAGGGGCGGAGUGCCUUAGACUGACGCAGAGGUUGGCUUUUUAACUCCAAAACACUUCAGAGGGUUCAAAACAGGCUGCUAUACAACACCGACUUUACAGAUCGAAAUAAUAAACUGUAUUUUUUCAGUGUGAUAUGGUGAAAUAUAUAAUUUAUUUCACAAGCUUGUGUAUGAAAAUUAGUCCAUCACCAGAGGUAUUGACGGUCCUUAUUUGAGCAAGUGGUGCAUUCGGGGUCAUGAUGCUUUCAGUACUGAUUUCUUAAUGAGGUCUGACACUAAUAAUUUCCAUGCAGAAUCACUUUUAUGAGACGGUGCAAUCAGAUGUCAGCACACGGCAGGACUUUGCACCCAAACCAAACCAAAUUAGUCAAAUCUAGAGUUGUCAGAGAAUCAGUCUGCUCCCUGGCUGAACGGUGCGUCACUAAAUGAAGCGAAGAGAAACAUUUGUGUCUGAAUUUGAUUUGUUUUCGGUAAUUCUGUCGACACUGUGUGAUAUUAAGACGUACGUAUCCAUGCCAAAGCUCCUUGUAGGUUUUCUUGUUUUUUCCCACCCGACCCAGAGUUUCAAGGCUUUGAAGGCUGUUCUCUUGUACAUUUUUUGAUAUAAUAACCUAACAACUGACUGUUUGCUAAGCCCUGCCACCCUUAGUUACUGUUGCUACUCCUGUCAAGCUUUCCAUUUGCAGUUUACUGUGAUAAAACGGAGGCAGCAGUUGGUGAAACAGAGGGUCCUUGAUUUUAGACCGGGGUGCUUAAAAGCAGCUUCUCAUUUCAUGUUUCACAUUUAGUGUUAAAGGCUGACAGAUGUGUUUCAGGUCACAUCGGCUGAGGUUGGUGGACUAUAAACUUCCCAGAUCCAACAAAAAGCAGGACUGAACCACUGAUGUUUCCCUGCUAUUGCCCAUAUUAGAGCAGAUAAACACACAGGAAUCCAAACCUGUUUUUAGUUUCAGAUAAAAAAUGAAUCAUCGCUUUCCAAACUCUUCCUCCUGCCAAAUCUACAAGACGUCAACAACGGCAUAAAUUCAAAGCUUGACAGGCCUGCAGCUGCUUAAUGUGAUUGAAUGGCUCUUCGGGGGAGGAGUUUAGCAAAUGGUCAAUUUUCAGGUCUGCAAAUCUCUUCACAGCAUCUAAAUCCACAUGCAGAUGCUGUUAAAAUUCUGAGUGGUCGUUUUUCCUCCAGAUAAGCCGACAUCAAUGAAAAACAUGAAACACCAGAGCAAAAUUUGUCCUCCUUUCCUCUGCUAACAGUGUUUAAAAGAGCAAAGGGAGACAAGUCAUUAUGUUUGCAGCUGUAAUCCGUAAUUACACAAAGACUAAGCAGACUUUAAAACACAAUCCAACACAGAGGGAUUGGGAUUUGAAUUAUUGUGUCGAGAAAUAGAAAAUUCAUCAGCCAGGCACAAACGGCUCAAUCAUUUGUAGAUGGUGUGUGGGGUAAACGUGAUUAAAACGACAUCCUGGAUCCUCAUCAUCGUGCCCAUUUGGCCGGGCUGCUUCUUUUAAUUUCUAAUUGAGGCAGAAACUAAAAAUAUGUGCGUACGUUUUCCUCAUCCUUUGCACAACUCACUGCUUUCCACGUCUGAGCUGUCUCCGUCGAGCCAAAUUGUAAGUAGUUUUCUAAGGAAAUCAAAAACAACAAAAAAGAUCAUCUAGGGGUGUGUUUGCGAAGCGUGUGUGUUGAAACGCACACGGCAGCAGCAUUAAGUCCAGCACCAAGCGGCUCAGUAUCACUGUGUAGUGCUAUAGCAGUGUGUAGACCCUGAACAAAUAUCUCUAUAAAUAUGACUCGGUGUACUAUUGAUGGUCACAAAGACUGUAAGUGGAGCAACUAUUUUUAUGAAAUGCAACAUUAUGGAUAUAUUAACUUUUGCAAAAAUCUUGUUUACCUGUAUGAUACUCUGAAACGCUGUCAAAAUAAAAGAAUCUUGACACGACAUGAAAGAUUGA